GCAGAGGUCUGAACGCUCCAUUAUCAUCUCGUCUCGUGGUUGUGACAGAAGAGACAACAAAAAUAUUUAUGUUGCAAACGUUGUAAAUUUGAAUUAUUUUUAGAAUGGAGCUGUUACCACUUCUAGAAGGAGCAAAAUUUAUUAUUAUAGACGAAGGUUUUGAGGUGCCUUUUGCCGAAACUUUAAUUACAGGAUGGUUAAAAAUGUGGGAAAAGCGAAAACCUGACUGUAAAAUUAAUAUAAUUUCAUUUUCAAAUCCAAAAUAUCUCUAUGUUCAGCAUUUUAAUUCAUUAACAGUGAACAAUGUAAAUGUAAUUGAUUUUUAUUCUACAACAUCGCAGGAUGAAACAGAUUCUUUUACGGAAAAGCUAAAUGAAUAUUUUGAAACUGAUAUAAUAUUUGAUACAGUUAUUAUAAACUGUUUGAGUACUCUCAGUUUAUCUGUUGGACUUGAAAAAGCAGUGUUGUUUAUUGAAAAAAUGAAAGAAAAAUCAAAACAAGUAAUUGGCAUUUAUCGCAGAGAUUUUGGUAAAGUUAAUUUACCAAAUAUAGAAACUAUGGUAACAACUUAUGUGAAAUUAGAUGGACACUUGAAAGCAACUCAGAUUAAUGAUUUUAUUUAUGAGGGAAAUUAUACGCACAGAAAACUCGGUGGAAGUGUCAUACGUCAAACUGAAUUAGUAACUCAAAAUGUUAAGACAUAUGAAAUAAAAUCGACUAAAAUUUUAAAAGAUUCAGUGGAAAAAUUAAGGAAAACUGCACCAGAAAAGCCGAAAGAAGUAAAAGCAUCUUUUCGAAUAGAAAUGAAUGAUCAGGAAAUGUCGCAGAAAAAUGAUACUCCCUUACCUUAUAUAGAGGUGAAAAAUCAAAAUAAAUCAACUAUUUUCUAUCAGCUUGAAGACUUUGAUGAUGAUGAGGGUGACGAUCUUGAUGAUGAUUUAGAAAUUUAAAAGUAUUCAACAAAAUGAAUAUAUAUAUUUUUUUAAUUUGUUACAUUCGUCUAUUAGAAAAAUAAAUUAAUGAUAAUGGAAUUAGCCCUAACGCAAUAAAACAAUUAAAUCAAAUGUAA